AUGUAUGUGAAUUCUAUUACAAUUGUUGGUGAUAUUUCUUCAAUUGGAUCAAAAGCAUUUAGUAAUAGUCCAUCUAUUAAAUUUAUUCUGAUAAAAGGUAGUAUAACAUUCAAAUCGGAAUCAUUCCAAGAUAUUCCAGGAUUAGUAUCCCUAACAAUUGGUAGUACAAGUCAAAUACCAUCUUAUUCAUUUACCCAUUGCGAUUAUCUUGAAACAUUUGAAAUAUUAAAUAAUAUUCGAUCGGUUUCAUUGACUAACAAUGCAUUUUCAAACCACAAUAUUAAAAAAAUAAUAAUCAAUAGUAGUAUUUCAUUUCAGUCAUCACCUUUUGAUAAUUGUAACCUUCUUAAUUAUCUUUUCAUUGGAGGCUCUGUAUCGGGAAAUUAUGAAAAUGCUCUUAAUGCAAUCGAUAAAUUAGAAAAUAUUACAAUUGCUGGUAGAAUUGAUUUAAUAAGUUCUAACACAUUUAAUUCCCAAUCAACAUUGAAAGAAGUUCGACUUUUUAAUGCAUAUGCAAUCAAAGAAAAUUCAUUUAAAGAUUAUACAAAUCUUAAAUAUGUUGAAAUAAAAUCAUCAUCAUCUUCAUUGAGUAUUGGAAAUUCAACAUUUUCUGGUUGUACUUCAUUAGUGGACAUAAAAUUACCCGAUUCCAUUCAAUCAAUUGGAAGUUAUUUGUUAUCAGGAUGCUCUUCAUUAUCAGUAAUAAAUCUUCCGAAUAGAUUAACUUCAAUUAGUUCAUUUAUGCUCAGUAAUUGUGUUUUAAUAGAGUCUUUGAUUAUUCCCGAAUCGGUCAGAUCUAUUGGAAACAAUGCGUUUUCUAAUUGCGCCAAAUUAUCUCAAAUCACCUUCCAAUCAAAAACAAUUGAACUAAAUGGAUUUUGUUUUAACAAUUGUCCUUUGAUAAUUGAUUUCACAUUUUCUGGAACCAAAAUUACUUUGAACUCAUACUGUUUUAGUGGUGCUGAAUGUAUAGUAAAUGUCAAAAUCGAAUGUGAUACAAUCAAUUUUAAUGAUAACUGCUUUACUAACUCAAAUGUUCAACAUGUUUUAGUGAAUGGUUCUGUUUAUUUAGGUAAUCAAAUAUAUUCAGAACAUAUGCAAACAAUAUUGAUUGAUGGAAAUAUCAAUAAAAUAAUGAAUACUUCUUUCUCAAAUUCAGCGUCUUUACGUAGUUUCACAAGUACUAAAACAAUUUCAUAUCAGAGUUAUAAUGGUCAAUACAUUUCAUUCUCGGGAUGUAUAAAUCUUUCAUCUGUAUCAUUUUCAGCUACAAUGACAGAAUUAAUUCCAAUGUUCUGUUUUGCAAAUUGCGUUAAACUUUCAUCAUUCGUUAUUCCGCAAUCAGUCAGACAAAUAAAAGAAUAUGCAUUUUCUGGAUGCAAUUCAUUAACAUCUAUUGACAUUCCUGGUCAAAUUGGAAUUCUUGGCAAUAAUAUUUUUGAAUCUUGCAGUUCAUUAACAGAAGUAACAUUUCAACAAAAUAGAAAUAUUGGAACAAUUCCAGAUGGAUGUUUCAAAUCAUGUACAAGUUUGACAACAAUUUCUAUUCCUUCUAAUAUUAAGAAUAUUGGAAGUAGAUCAUUUUAUAAUUGCAAUCAACUCUCAUCAAUUCAAGGACUGACAUCAUUCAGCAAAAUCGGAGAAUAUGCAUUUUAUAAAUGUUCAUUUUCAACAUUAGACAUCAAUGGAAAUAGUUUGAACAUCAAUCAACGUGCAUUUGAUUCAUGCGGUGAAUUGGCAAAUAUAACAAUUACUGGAUCGAUAAAUUCAAUUUCAGAAUACUCCUUUAGUAAUUGUCCAAAGCUAGUUUUUGUUAACUUCAGCUGUACAGUUACACAAUUUCCAUCUAAUGUAUUUUAUCAUUCUCCAAACAUUGAACAAGUUUAUUUCUAUCGUCUCACAACACUUGGUGAAAAUUCCUUCCAUAGUAACUCCAAACUUCAAUUAAUCGAAAUACAAGAACAACUUCAAGAAAUCCAGCAAAAUUCAUUCUAUCAAUGUUCAAACUUGGCUUCAGUUUCAUUUCCAAAUACACUCACAAUAAUUGGAUCAUUUGCAUUCUAUAGAUGCUCGAAGUUAAUAUAUCUAUCAUUUUCUAGUUUAACAUCAAUAGGGGAAUCUGCAUUUGAGUCAUGUGCCGAGCUUUUAUAUGUUCAAUUAUAUGGAAGUUAUCCUACAAUUCCAGUGAAAGCAUUUAAAUCUUGCAGCAAAUUGAAUGGAGUUGGAUUUGACAAUGCAGGCACAAUCACAGAGAUCAGAGAUGAAGCAUUCUAUCAAUGCACAAGCAUAAAUAUUAGCUUGUUACCAUUUUAUAGUUUACAAAGGAUCGGAAGAUCUUCAUUUUGUCAAUGUGAUUAUUUGAAGAAAUUAUUACUUUCACCAUGUGUGACUACAAUUGAUGAGUUUGCAUUCUAUCGAUGCAAUUCAUUGUAUGUUGUCAGACUUCCACCAAGAUUGAUCACACUUGGAAAAUCAGCUUUCUAUGAAUGUCGAAACCUUGAAUCAAUUAAUCUUUCAAUUUUCAUGAAUUCUGUUGAAGAAUAUUCAUUUGCAAACACAAGAAUAAAGCAGGUAAUUAUAUAUCCAGGAAUCAUUGUUAAACCUAAUGCUUUCAAAAAUUGUAAUGAGCUUGUUAAUAUUGAAGUAUAUUCUGAUUGCACAAUUUGUCCAAAUGCAUUCACAUUCCAGAACAAAAUCAAUCUUUAUUUAGCAGAUAAUGCCCAACUAUUGAGCAAUUCUUUAAGUAAUCACAUUGAAUCCAUCUACUAUUUAGGUAAAGAAGACAAUUGUCUUGAUGAAAUGGUUAAUGAACUUCAUAGAAUUUAUGAACCAAAACCUAAUGUAUUUAUUUAUGUUUCUCGAAAGUACAAAAAUUCAACAUUUGCACAAUAUCCUGUAAAAUCGAUAUCAAUCACACUCCCAGAAGCAAUCGACAAUUAUGAUUGCAGUGCUAUCAUUUUGACAGAAAAACAAUGCCAUUUUCGUUUUGAUAAUUUCAAUUUGUUUUCAAAUUUUGUUUUCUUUAUUUCACUAAUUAAGUAA